AUGUCUGAUUUCGAGGAAGAGCGUGAAGCCAACAUUGCCCGCAAUCGUGCACUCCUCGCGCAACUCGACGUCUCCCUCGACAUUCCGAAGAAGCAUGUAACGGCUGAAAAGCCAAAAGUAAAGCCGGUGCGAUCUGCGAAGCAGCGGCUAAAACGCGAAGCUGGACCAGCUCUACCGACUAGGACGUCGUCAAGGCUGCGAAGGAGUGUACCCGACCCAGAUGAGACGCCGGAGAAGAAGCGGAAACGUGAGCAAGAAGAGGAGUUGCUUCGCCAGAAGCUUGAGCAGGAGAGAUUGGAAGCAGAAGAGCGUGCACGCGAAGUCAAGAAGCCAAGGCACGACAGCCUCGAGAUGUAUGCUCACCUGGAAGAUCAAGAAGCACAGGAAGUAAUGGCUCUUACGGCCUCCCUUCAAGUCACAACGAAGACGGUUAAUGCACGGCGCGUUGGCGACAUGAACUCGUACCAAUACGAUGAAGAACACCAUGAAGCCGCAGUUACCGAGUUAAAGAAGAAGCUUGGGGGCAUGGAAAUUGUGUCGAGGGCGAAGGUCACGAAGGAGCGGAUAUACAGCGCAGCAUACCAUCCUGAGAAGACCAAGGACCUGAUAUUCUUCGGAGACAAGCACGGCACUCUGGGCAUAUGGGAUGCUCGUGCGCCGGCAGAAGAGGUGGAAGAGGAUGGAGAUGUCGCCUCGCAAGGAGAUGGCGAAGGUGGGAAGUCAUGGCGAAUGCAGCUUCAUUGGCCAAACUCUUCCCAUUCGUCCAUUUCCUCAAUCAGAUUUGAUCCCAUCGAUGCUCAUAGCGUAUACACCAGUUCGUACGAUGGCACUAUCCGGACCACCUCUUUUGUGUCCAGUAUAUCCACUGAAAUCUUAUACAACGAGAACGCUCUGCCAACUACCAUGGACUUACCUCCACAUGGUCACGAGAUGUGGAUAGCGGAUUCCAACGGUGGAGUGACCCAUCUGGAUCUGCGCGAGGACAAGUCGAAGGCGAGGUGGUACCAAUUAUCCGAAGACAAGAUCGGAUGCUUAAGUGUUAAUCCUGUGGUGACCAACCUCCUACUAACUACGUCAAAUUCUCGUGUGCUGAGAAUAUGGGAUGCCCGGAAACUACAAAGCAUAUCCAUCAAAGGCAAAGGUCCAUAUGAGAUCAAUGCAGAGCAGCUCGAAGAGUUCAGGGAAACGAAAGCGGGCAAGGACGUCAUGCGGGGCGAGUGGAGGCACGGCAAGUCCGUAACCGCUGGGUAUUGGGAUCCCCAUGGUCGCCGAGCCGUCAGCACCAGCUACGACGACACUAUCCAGAUAUGGGACAUUAAGCCCGAGGUCACACAGAAAGAUGCUGAGUUUCCGAGUAUGCGGCCUGCGCACCAGUUCCAUCACAACUGCCAGACGGGCAAGUGGGUUACGCUGCUCAGAGCACAGUGGAAUCCUAACCCGGAUGUUUACCCCCAUUUCACACUCGGUAACAUGGACCGCUCACUUGACAUCCGUUCGUACAAGGGUGAGCUCAUCACGAAGCUCGCGGACAAGAACAAGAUCACUGCUGUGCAAGCUGUGACGUGCUCGCAUCCCAAUAUUCUUGAAAGGGCUGCUAGCGGCAAUGCAAGUGGUCGUUGCAUCCUAUGGGCACCAACAGAUACCGAAUAGUCUGAGGACAGACUUUGCCGCAGAAUCUCAUACGAACUCUGCCUCCAAUGAUGAGUAUAUGACCGCAGUAGGGUAUGGUAUUUAUGGUGCUAUCGGCUGCAGACAUCGGAGAAAAGAGUAAUCUUGAGUUUCGGGGUAUAUAAAUUUCGUAUAAGUUUAUAAGUUCAAGACGAGUUGAACAGAUCUAUCCCCGGAAAGGACAUGUCAAGUACCAGAAGCUUAAGUCUGCACCCAGGCGGCAGCUUUCUAGGUCGACUCUAGAUGAUUUUGGGGCUUAACGC